AUGUGAGCCCAAUUAGAAGCUAAUUUGCAUUUGAAAGUUUGAAUUGGCGACAAAAAAUGAAACUGCUGUUACGCGUAUGCGUUGAUGACAAUAAAAGUAGCGGGCAUCUAUUAUAUAUGUUCGUCUGAAGGUACGAUCACGUCGCCGCAGUGGGGUUCGAAAUAGUUCGGAUUGGAUUGGUUUCAGUAGCGAACACAACUCAAUUGACCUCAAAGUAGUGAACCAGUGAACUUGAGGAGAUGUCGGCGUCACCCGCCGCACCCUCCAGUGUCGACAAUAUUGGGCCCCCAGCCGCUAAGAGGCCCAAGUCCCAGACCACGCCCCCCAGCUCCAUGCAUAGAUCACAAAGCUCACCUGCCGCCAAAUCGGGAGCUGCUUCAAGCAUGAUGCCCCCGGGUGGUAUGAUGGGGUCAGUAGGUGGCAUGGGUCGAGUACCCUCUUCAGUAGCAUCGUCAACAUCGUCCGUAGGAGGAAUGGUGCAACCGCAUUCGCAGUCUUCGCCUGCCUCCGGGGGGUUCCUACAAUGUGGCUCAAACACAUCUCUUAACGACUUGCCAGAAACAUCUUCAGAUCUGAUUGAUGAUUUGUGCAGCAACCUUCCGGCCGACGUGUUCUCCAACUCCCCUGCUGCCACUUCACAGCAACUGGGAAGCAGAGUGGGUGGGAAUGGAAUCGAGACCCAUCACCCCAACCUCACGGGACUCCUCACUAAUUCGAACCAUGGAGUAGAAUCUCAACAGGAGUUUUCUGGCUCCAUGGGUUUCAACGUGUCAGGGAACAAUCAAAUGUUCCAGCAGCAGAAUUUCCAAUCGCAAACCCAGCAGUUCUCGGCUAGCAGUGGGAACAACUCUAGCGUACGCUCUCAGAAUUUGCCACAGGGACCAAACUCUGCUGGAACAAGUAACAACAGCAACGGCACUAACCCAUUUGGUCAUCAAAUCAUAAUCAGCAGCCAGCAGACGACAUCUGGCGAUAGCAACUUCAUUACAAUCAACCCCGGCGGUGGUGUCAUGAGCAGGUCCAACUCACUCACUGGGGGCAUGCAGGCGGCAGAGUCUCACAAUAUGCUCGGAGGACAGCAGACCACCUCAACCACCUUCUAUCAACAGUCGCCACACUUCGCAAAAAUGGACCAAGGUGGGAUGACAGAAGUGAUCCAGUUUAAUAACGGAUCCGGAAACAACCCCGGAAACAGUGUAGGGGGAGGAGGGGGAAUGCAGAUCAACAUGAACCUCACCCAGAACAUUAACACCGGCACCACUAUCAUCAACAUGACACAGCCUGCCUCCGCGCCUACCUCCGCCGCAGGCCAACAGCAACAGCAGCAGCAUCAACCACACUCUAAAUUACAGCACCCUGCAGCAUCCCAGAUUGUUCAGCCUUCUCAACAGCAGCAGAUAAAUCAGCAAGCUCAAUACGUAUCGCAUCAGCAGAACUCACCCCGCCUACCCCAAUACGUCACAAACAACAGCAGCACAGCACAGAACAACCAGAGCACAGCUUCGCCGCAGAUUCCACAAGCCACACCCACUCCUAACGCCUCUAAUGGCCUAGGUACCGGCGGCGGCGGCGGGGGAUCUAACAACUCAGUGGAUACUGACAAGAGAAAACUCAUCCAGCAACAGUUGAUUCUGCUGCUGCAUGCCCACAAGUGUAAUAAACAGGAUCCCAAGUCCGCUGGACCCGAAAGCCUCAAGUGCAAACUGCCCCACUGUAGCACGAUGAAGGGAGUGUUGCAGCAUCUGUACGAGUGCCAAGAGGGAAAGGCAUGCCGAGUGGCACACUGCUCUUCGUCUAGACAGAUCAUUCAGCACUGGAAAAAUUGCAACCGACCAGAAUGUCCCGUCUGUUAUCCAUUGAAGUCCCAUGACGCUAAUGCAAGCAACACAUCCAAGAAAUCACCUGGAGGAGCCUUGAUGCAAUCAGUGGGUGGAUUACCAGGUGGAAAUGCUCCCGCCAACCCACAGGCAGGUCUCAUGUCGAUGACUAGUCCUUCAUUAUUGGGCGACAACGCAGGUCAAAUGCAGCCCCAGAAUCAACAGAGGCAGUUUGUCCUUCAAGGGCAACAGAGUCUGCAGACUAAUAAUAACAUGGCCUUGAGUACUGGUCCCAAUGGAGGAAUGCUCCCUCAAGCAGUGCCCCAGGGUCAAAUAAGGUCAAAUAACAACCCCCCAAACAUGUUUCAAAAUGGUCCACGUGUGGUCCCAGAUGGCAGUCAGGUGAGCAAUCAGCAAAUGAUGAACCAAAAUAUCAACCAAGGCUUCCCAGGACAGCAUAUGAACUCAAAUGCUGUAAAUAAUAUGAACCACCCAAACGAAAAGUUCCAAAUGCAACAGCAGAAAACUUUGUUUGCAAACAACGGACCACAGCCCAAAAUUAGGGCUCCGAUGAAUGUAAGCAAUGCUAUGCAGCCGCAGAGAUCCAUGAUCAACCAAGGACAAGGGAUGAUGAGCAAUCAACAAAUACCAAAUGGAUCCAAUGCGCAAGCGUUCCUCAAUGUAGAAAACUUAGGAAAUAAUGGCGGCAGCGACAACAUGUCUGGAGGUAACUUUGGCAACCAAGUCAUGGGGGGAAAUAACAUUGGUAGCAAUGCGAUACCAGGAAAUGCGGGAUCGGGAUGUGGCGCAGGCGGAGGGAAUGUUGCGGCAAAUAUGGCUAAUGCUGCCACAAACAACGAACAUAACCAGUACCUCAUGGCUGUUCUCAGAAAAGAGGGUGUAGAAAAGCCUUGUGGUCACAAAGAGUGGCACGAGCAAGUGAAAGAAAAUGUGAGAUGCCUGCUGGUUUAUAAACUAGUCGAAACAAUAUUUCCCAACCCUGACCUAGUUAUGAUGGAUAAGAGACUGGAGAACCUGAUCAACUAUGCGAAGCGUGUAGAAGUGGAGAUGUAUGACACGGCGGAGAAUAAGGAGGACUACUUUUUGAGACUGGCUCAGAAGAUAUACAGGAUACAAAAGGAGAUCGAAGAUAAGAGACAGCAGAAAAGACAAAUGACGACAACGGCAAAUCCCAACAGCAACAACCCACAAAAUCAACCACAAAUGAAUCAAAUGAGUGCCAACCAGCAGCAGAACCAGACAAGCACUCAGAACUGGAUACCCAUGGAUCAGACUAAUCAGUCAAACCCUAACCCUCCUACGGUGGUGCGGGAUGUCAAAAUGGAACCCGUCAAAUCUGAACCAGAUGCGACCGGGCCGUUCAAGAAUUCCCUAAAUGAAAUGCUAGAAGAUAAUAAGAGUAAGAUCAACAACUUGUUGCCUUCCUUCCCAGUAAGGGGAGCCAGCCAAGGACAAACACAGAGUUCAGAACAUCCGGUCGUUCAUAAUCAAAAUGUCAGUAGCAUUAAGCCAGACCCUGAGGAUAAGCCAUGGACCAAUGCUAACUGCAGUGGAGGCGCAUCGACGGAAACAGCAGUGAAAGAAGAGCCAGGGACAGUAAAGGUCAAAACAGAGUCAAUCAAAGAAGAGCCCAAGGACGAGGAGAGUACGAAAGUUCAACGCAAUAUUAAGACUUUCACCAAGGAGGAACUGAGAAAUGCCCUGUGGCCGGCGUUCCAGAAGAUGUUCGUGGCUGAAGAUGCGUGGGCAUUCAAACAACCAGUCGAUCCAGUUCUCCUCAAUAUCCCUGAUUACUUCUCCAUCAUUAAGAAGCCAAUGGAUCUGUCGACCAUUAGGAGGAAUCUGGAAGAUGGAGUCUACAGUAACCCAUGGGAGUUCAUAGACCAUGUGCAGCUCAUGUUUAACAAUGCAUGGCUGUACAACAAGAAAAGCACACGAGUGUACAAGUCAUGCACUAAGCUGAGUGAGAUCUUCGAUCAAAGCAUCGAUCCGAUCAUGGAGGAGUUGGGUUACUGCUGUGGACACACUUACGUGUUCCUUCCUCAGAUGCUCUACUGCUACAGCAAGAACAGCUGUCCCAUCCCCAAAGACCAGAAGUACUACCAGUGGAUCAACAGGUCUCCGAGGCCCGGUCUGAUCAGUGAAAAGUACAUAUACUGUGCAAAGUGUUUCCAGGAAGGAGAUCCUAACAAAAUGACAGUGACAGACGAACCACUCGUCCCAAAAGCAUUCUCAAUAAUGAUUGAGAAGAAUAGUUUUGAUGAGCUGGUCAAUAACAAGGUGGAACCGGAACCCUUCGUAGAAUGCACAGAAUGCGGCCGCAAGUGGCACCAGAUCUGUGCUCUCUAUCAUGAGAACAUCUGGAGUACAUUCACGUGUGAGCCCUGUCUGAAGAACAGGAGCACAAAGAGAAAAGACAACCGUUUUAUUGCCCAAAAACUCCCGAGUAACAAACUUUCGAAUUUCCUGGAAACAAGAGUAAACAAGUUCACUAAAGCGCGUGAGCCAAACUGUGGUCAUAUCACAAUUAGAGUGCUAUCCAGUUCUGAAAAAACUCUAGAUGCCAAAAUGGGCGUCAGGUCAAAGCACGCAGACUUCCCGGCGAGCUUUCCGUACAAGUCGAAAGCGAUCUUUGCGUUUGAGACUAUUGAUGGAACUGAUAUUUGCUUUUACGGAAUGCACGUGCAGGAGUACGGGACGGACGCCAUGCCUCCUAACAGAAGACACAUGUAUCUGUCGUAUCUGGACAGCGUGCACUACUUCCAGCCGAAGAAUCUGCGAACAGCUGUUUACCACGAGAUCCUAAUCAACUACCUAGACUACUGCAAGCAAAUGGGAUACUCCCACGCUCACAUCUGGGCAUGUCCACCUGGCGAGGGCGAUGAUUACAUCUUCCACUGCCACCCGCCAGACCAGAAAAUCCCGAAACCAAAGAGACUUCAAGACUGGUACAAGAAGAUGAUGGACAAGGCCAUUCAAGACAGAGUCAUCGCUGAUUAUAAGGAUAUCAUGCGUUCUGUGGAGGACAACGGAGGUGCGGCAAACUUCUCUACUGUCCAUCUGCCCUAUUUCGAAGGGGACUUCUGGCCCAACACGAUAGAAGACCUGGUGUCGCAGAUGGACGAGGAGGAGAAAAGCAGGAAGAAGGAACUGCAACAGCAGCAGCAGUUGAACAGUGAUGAGUUCAGUGACGGAGGGUACAUGGACGACUCAGCAGACUACGGCUUUGGAGGCUCAAAUUCGGUCAGCGGCGACAAAAAGUCAAUGAAAGUGAAUAAAAAGAGCAAGAGUAAGAAAAGCAACCACAAGUCCAAAAAAGGAAGUCCAGCAGCCGACCUCUCAGACAGAGUGCUUUCAACCAUGGAGAAACACAGGGAGAACUUCUUCACUAUUACUAUCAACCCAAACCCAACUCAACAGACCACCGAAGACCCAGAUCCCCUGGUGCAAUGUGAACUGAUGGACGGACGGGACUCAUUCUUGCAGAUGGCCAGAGACAAGUUCUGGGAGUUUUCUUCUCUGAGGAGAACCAAGUACUCAUCCAUGUGCUUCUUGUACGAACUGCACGUACAAUUGAACGAGAGGUUGCAGUACAAUUGUAAUUACUGCAAGCAGAUUGUUGAGAUUAGAUUUCACUGCAACACCUGCGAAGACUUCGACCUCUGUGUCAACUGCAACGGAAAGGUCACCCAUGAGCACAAGUUGGUGCGAAGAACUCCGGAGAAUGACCCCGAAGCACAGAACAGCAAAGCAUCCGCUGAGCUAAACAAAAAGCAGGCAUUUAUGGAGACACUGAAAAACCUGCCGCAUGCUGUCACUUGUAGGGAUGCGAACUGCCGAGUGAGAAACUGUGUGCGCAUGCGAAUGAUAGUGCAACAUGCAAAGAACUGCGAGCAUAAAGAUCAAAGAAACACCUGUAGUAAUUGCAAGCAGUUCUUCCAGAUUUGCUGCUACCAUGCGAAGCAUUGCAACGCGCCUAAAUGUGUGGUGCCCUACUGCCACAAUAUCCGAAUGAAGUUGAGGCGACAGAGCGAUGUAUUGUGGCAGAGACGAAGAGCUGCAAUGGUAGGCAGUGGUAAUCCAGGGUCAAUUGCAGCUGCUCCCGCGACACCCCAGUCUAGCACGCAAAGUAAUGCGAAUAACCAACAACAUGCCCAUUUUCCGAGUGAUCAGAAAAUGCAUAGUGCGAAUCAGAUACAAAACACAGGCCAGAAGCUGAAACCUGGCCUAUCUAAUAUUCAGAACGCCCCGCAAGUGAACAACACGCAAACACAAGCACACGGACACCAAAAUAUUCAGCAGCCUCAACAGCAAGUUAUGAAUACUAACCAAAACCAACCCAAUCAGAUUCAACAGCAGACUAACAGUAGUGCAUAUCAGCAAAUGUCUCAAAACAUGCAAAACAAUGUUGUGAGUCAGAAUAACCAACAACUACAGCAGCAAACGCAACAACAUACUAUGAUGAAUAAUAAUCAAGUGUCGAACAACAUGGGGAACGCUGGUCAGAAUCCUCAGAAUAUCAGCCAGAUGGGCGGAAAUAUGUACCACUCUAACCAACAGCAGCAGCAGCAGCAUGUACUCGUGUCCCAACAACAACAACAGGCUGUAAACUCAGACAUGAAUCAAAUGCACAAACAAAUUGCCGUGAGCAGUACUGCCUAUGGAAACAUGCACAGGACGCCCAAUAUGGUCCCUUCUGGAAUGCAAAUGCAACCGCAGCAAAUGAUGAGACACCCCCCGAACCAGAAUCAGUUCCAGGCCAGACCGCAAGGACAGCCACAGACAUAUGUCACCACACAGCAGGUGCAGAACCCGAACCAGAUAAUGUCGGCUGGGCCCAACGGGGGACAGAAUCGACAGUGGCAGCAGCAGCAACAGAACCCACCGGGAGCCAUGUAUUUGGUGCAGCGAGGAGGAGCCACACCAGGAAUGCAGCAGAUGCAAGGGAAACCCCCAUUUGUUAUGACCCAAAUUCCUCGUGCUGUGACUCCACAAAUGCAGCAACAACAACCAAUGAUGCAAUCCAACGUCCAGUCAGGAAUGAUGCAAGCGCCCCAAGGGCCGAUGCGAUCCACACCUCAGAUGAUGACACUUAUAAAACCAGGCGGUGCCGCACCCGCUGUUAUGGGGCCAAAUGGCGGUCCCAGCCAAAUGAUGAACACUAACAGAAACACGAACUGGCAAGGCCAACCUACAGCUGUAAGACCAACUAUACAACAGUUCCCGCUGCAACCAGGUAAUGCGACGUAUGGCCCACCGUCCGUACAACAAAGGAGGUUCGACACUGGCGCGCCUAUGAUGCAGCAACAGGUUAAUCAGAAUCAAAUGAUGAUGCAACAGAUACGACCAAUGACGGCGGGAACCACCUCAGGAACUAAUGCGGUGUCCGGUGGGCGACCCAACCUGAUGACGCAGGGCAAUGGACCCCAUGCUCAGCAGCAAAUGAACCCAAUGCAGACCAAUGACCCAAAGAAUAUGCAGCAGCAAUCUCAGCAGCAAAUGCAAAGUGGAGAUGACCUGUCUCGAUAUUCAGACGGCCUCUGAUGUCGCCCAUAGAGGAGAGCAAUGAACAAAUCCUUCUUCCAACACUACCAUGUUUCUAUCUACAUAAUCCAUAGUUUGUAAAUUUUAUCCCAACUGGCCCCAAGAGGGGAAGAGAAGAGAAGAGAAGAGACAGGCUGACGCAGCCUUUCAGACCAAGAACGAAAGGAGUGGUUUUAUCUUCCGAUGGAGGAACAUAUGCAUCCCAAAAUGCAAAAUGUUGUACAGAAACUAUUGAAAACUAUUGAAACCGCCGUGACAUUACUUGUAAUUUUUAACGUGUCUCCCUAUAAAAUUAUUCGUUUAGCAAAUGUAAUUUUAGCCUUUACUUUUUCUUUAUUUUUUGCUAUAAUGAAAUUGUAUUGCUCAUAGUGUAGUUAAUCCAUGUUUUGCCUCUGCUCUGUUUUGUGUCCUGAUUUCAACUACUGGCACAAGUCGCUUGUCGUCAACUCUUCACCCCUAAUCUGUUCUCGAGCUGAUGAUUAGAGGACGAUGACGAUAACAACCACUUUUGCCUAACUAAAGUCAACCAAGCAAUCUGUGCGUGCUUCUCAAUUUCUAACCAGCUUAUCUGUUCUGAAAAAUUUAUAUUUUGCGUUACACCACAACACUUGCGCCAUUUGAUUUGAAUUGAAUCAGAAACAAUUUAAUAUCUAUUUUCCAUAUAGCAUCCUUUAUUGUCGACAUUUUUUACAGAACAUCCUUUAUUCUCUCCUUUUCUCAGUGGCAGUCAUAUACAGAAGAGUGUGCUUCGUCAAUCCACUGUCGAAUCAAAUCUAUUCUGUGCUCCAGUUCGUUAAAAAUGAGUGAAAAGCAAGUAGUGGGGAAGAAGUAUAUUUGGAGUUGUGACACACACCGCCAUCAAUGGGGCCUCAUCAUUUUCUGAUAAUUUGGAAUGUGAAUACUGCUUAGCUCUCAUAUUAAUGUGACAAGUUGUAUUAUGAUUAUUAUUAGUAUGACUGUUUAAAUCUUCUAUUUGAAAACAUUUUUCAUCACUUUGACUCGUUUUC